AUGCUUGAUGUGCCCGUUACGAAAGGCAGGGUGUCUACCACUCCCAGCGAGGUUGAGCUAGGUAAAUCCUUCCAACUAUCAGCCUCAUCAAGGCUGAUUUCCUCCGGGGGUAAUUGUGACACCAAGCCACAGAUCUCAGGAGGAGGUGUACAAGACAAGCGGACUCUUCAAAUUGGGCUGCAGAGCGUCAUCUGGAGGGCCAAUUACGAUCAAGACGCCGAGACCAUUGCUUCCAAGAUUAUGGAUCAAGUCAGUAAGUUGUACGUCGCCGAAACGGGAAACUAUGACGAUGGGUUGUACCUUGCCGUGACCAUCGUUCGAGAGAAAUACAGUCCUGUUAUUAUCAUGGUUCAGAAUUCUGGCGUCGAUGUUGCGACUGUCGCAACCCAACCCCCCGAAAAGUUGUCCAGCUUCCACUCUGGUAUAUCGGAGGGAAUCACACCGCAGCUAGGACUGCAGGCUGUGGGAACCAAGUUCACUACAAAGAGACAAGGGGACCUCUUCUCCCAGCGAGACACGACACAGGAUGAUGCAGAAGAGGUCGAAGCCGAGAAGUAUGGGAUUGUCUAUGUCCGAAUGGAAGGAACAACGGGAAAUGUUGUGAACGGGGCUGGUCUUGUUAUGGCCAUCAACGAUGACGAUGCCGUAGGUCUCUAUGGAGAUGCCAGUGUCAACUUUCUCGACGCAGGAGGCCAGACGACUAUGGAGAUGGAUAAUACAGCAAGCUUUCCGAAUAAUCAUGAAUAA